AUUACAUUAUAUUUGUAUUGUGAUUUUGGUUCCUGUUUUUUAUUCGAUAGUUUGUGAUAUUAGAUGUGUAUUUCAUUAGUUUAAUUGAAACACAAGUAACACUAGUUUCAUCCGUUAAUGUAUUCUUCGAUUUUGAUUGGAUCAAAUGGAAAAUACGCUUUCACAAGUGUUUGUUGAUGCGCAUAUUGAGGGUAUUAAUUUGGUUAUUUUUUCAAGUACUUGAUAUCUUUGUAAGUCCCAAACUAUCAUUAUUUUAUAAUUUAUAAUAUAAUAUUUAAAAAUUAUAAAGAAUUUGUGCGCACUGAUAUAAUUUGACCUAUGUGCCAUUUUUGACAUGAGUGGAAUAGAUUUGUCUCCCCUUCUUCUUCUUCUUGUGUUCAGUUAAAAUUGCCAACAAUCACAAUUAGUUAUAAAAUAGGUCACAUAUAUAUAAAUGAGUAAACAAAUAAAUAAAUAAAUAGAUAGUAAUAAUUUAAUAUUAAUGGUCGGUAACUUUGUCAUAUCUUAUAUUGUAGCCAAUGUCUAUGGCAUUCUUGUUCACUUGUUCUAGGUCAUCCUUGGUACAUUGUGUUGGAUUUAUGGUACAGUUGAGUGUUAAUCAAGUUCGUUUGGAAAUACAAUGGAUCAAAGUGCGAUUGGAAACGAAAUGGAUCAAGGUGCGAUUGGAAGCGAAGUGAAACAAAGUGCAAUUGGAACUGAAAUUGAUCAAAAUGCGACCGGAAGUCAAACAGAUACAAUUGGAAACGAAAUGGAUCAAGGUGCGAUUGGAAGCGAAGUGAAACAAAGUGCAAUUGGAACUGAAAUUGAUCAAAAUGCGACUGGAAGUCAAACAGAUACAAUUGGAAAUGAAAUGGAUCAAGGUGCGAUUGGAAGCGAAAUGAAACAAAGUGCAAUUGGCAGUGAAAUGAAUCAAAAUGCGAUUGAAACCGAAAUUGAUCAAAAUGCGACUGGAAGUCAAACAGAUACGAUUGAAAUCGAAAUGGAUCAAGGUGCGAUUGGAAGCGAAAUGAAACAAAGUGCAAUUGGCAGUGAAGUUAAUAAAAAUGCGAUUGGAACCGAAAUUGAUCAAAAUGCGACUGGAAGUCAAACAGAUACAAUUGGAAACGAAAUGGAUCAAGGUGCGAUUGGAAGCGAAAUUGAUCAAGAAAAAAUGGAUAUACCUGCUGUUCUGCUAAAAGAAUCUGAAAUAAAAAAGGAAGUAAUUGAAUCUGAUGUCAUAACAAUAAGUGAUGAUGAAGAUGAAUCAGACACAAUACCUAUAGGUAUUGCUAUACCUAUGCAUAUACCUAUAACAGUACCAUGCCCUAAUAAUCUGCUUAUAUUUAAGCGCCGUUCAACUGAACCUAAGUCCUUCAAACGCUGUUUAUCUGAACCUAAGUCCUUCAAACGCUGUUCAUCUGAACCUAAGCCCUUCAAACGCUGUUCAUCUGUUGGGGUGGCUGAACGUCGAUGUUCAUCUGUUCCAAUUCAUAAAAAUAAUUACGAUGAAUUACAUGAACCAUCAGAAUGUAUAUCAAUAUCAUCUGAUAGUGGUGGCGAAUGUUCAUCACAACUUAAACCAAAAAAAACUCUUAAACGCAAAAGAAGUUUGAUUCCAACCAAUAUCGAAGUUGAAAAUACCCGAAAAACUAUGAAACCAGGACCUAAGUCAAAAACAAGAAAUAUAGUAACUGUUCAUCAAAUGAUCACUGAGGCUAAAAAUUUAGCACCAGGAAUGACACUUGACUCCAGUGAUGAUUCUGAUAUUGAAAUGAUGUUAAAUUCAGAUGAUGAAAAUGACUCUAUUGAAAACGAAGAAGAAGAAGAAGAUGAAGUAGAAGAAGAAACAGAAGGAGUUGACGAGACGGAAGAAACAGAAGAAGUUGACGAGACGGAAGAAACAGAAGAAGUUGACGAGACAGAAGAAGUUGACGAGACAGAAGAAGAAGGAGAAGUAGAAGAAGAACAAGAACAAGAAGAAGGACAACAAACACUAAUCGUUCCAGAUGAUGAUGAAAAUGAAAGUAAUGAAGACGGGGAAGUAUUACCAACAAUUGAUGAAGACGUUAUAAGUAUUAGUUCUGACGAUGAGUAUGGACAAUUGUUAGCUUGUAGUCAGACAAAAACCACCUCUGCUGCAGAAGAAAGAGACCGUUUAAGUCUAAGUAACAACGUAACAAUCAACCAAAAAGAAGACAAGAUCAUGCAAAAUAACGAAUUAAUAAAGGAAGAAAUUGCCUCUGAUGAUGCUGCAGAAGAAAGAGACCGUUUAAAUCUAAGUAACAACGUAACAAUCAACCAAAAAGAAGAUAAGAUCAUGCAAAAUAACGAAUUAAUAAAGGAAGAAAUUGCCUCUGAUGAUGCUGCAGAAGAAAGAGACCGUUUAAGUCUAAGUAACAAUGUAACAAUCAACCAAAAAGAAAAAAAGAUCAUGCAAAAUAACAAAUUAAUAAAGGGGGAAAUUGACUCUGAUGAUGCUGCAGACAAAAGAGACCGUUUAAGUCUAAGUAACAAUGUAACAAUCCACCAAAAAGAAGAAAAGAUCAUGCAAAAUAAUGAAUUAAUAAAGGGAGAAAUUGCUUCUGAUGAUACUGCAGAAGAAAGAGACCAUUUAAGUCUAAGUAACAACGUAACAAUCAACCAAAAAGAAGAAAAGAUCAUGCAAAAUAAUGAAUUAAUAAAGGGAGAAAUUGCCUCUGAUGAUGCUGUAGAAGAAAGAGACCGUUUAAGUCUAAGUAACAACGUAACAAUCAACCAAGAAGACAAGAUCAUGCAAAAUAACGAAAUACUAAAGAAAGAAAAUGAUAAAAUAACAGAAGAUGAAAAUUACAAUAAUGAAAUACUGAAGAAUAGCUUAACUGAUUCAAAUGAAAUAUUAAAAAGCGGAGAAUAACAUAAUUUUUUUAAUAAAUUUCCAAAUCAAAAGUUAUAAUAUAUAAGAAUGAGAAUGAUUAUAUGUAUUAUAUGUAAUGAUGUUUUCAAAAAUAACUCAAUUAUUCCAGAUUGAAAAUUCAACAAAUUAAAUAAUAUCUAUGUUUGAAUAUUAAUAAAUGCAAUGAAAACUAAAUAAUGAUAAUCACCACCAAAUUUGUAAAUAUUUUGUAAAUGUACCAACAAUUAGAUGUAAAAGGAAUGAAAAUAUGUAUAGUAUACAUAACAAUAUUGUUAUGUUUUUAACCUUAUACUCAAUAUCAUAAGAAAUAUAAUUAAUUUAAUACUAUUUGU